AUGCAGGGAGCCCAGGUGCUGCUGCUGCUGCUGCUGGGCCUGAGGCUACAGCUGGCCCAUGGUGUCAUCCCAGUGGAGGAGGAGAAUCCAGCCUUCUGGAACCAGAAAGCCGCCGAGGCCCUGGACGCCGCCAAGAAGCUGAAGCCCAUUCAGACCUCAGCCAAGAACCUCAUCAUCUUCCUGGGAGACGGGAUGGGCGUGCCCACGGUGACAGCCACCCGGAUCCUAAAGGGACAGAUGCAAGGCAAGCUGGGGCCUGAGACACCCCUGGCCAUGGACCACUUCCCAUAUAUGGCUCUGUCCAAGACAUACAGUGUGGACAGACAGGUGCCAGACAGCGCCAGCACAGCCACGGCCUACCUGUGUGGGGUCAAGGCCAACUACAAGACCAUUGGCUUGAGCGCGGCCGCCCGCUUUGACCAGUGCAACACAACACGAGGCAAUGAGGUCAUCUCUGUGAUGUACCGGGCCAAGAAAGCAGGGAAGUCCGUGGGAGUGGUGACCACCACCAGGGUGCAGCAUGCCUCGCCAGCUGGCACAUAUGCACACACGGUGAACCGCAACUGGUACUCAGAUGCAGACAUGCCAGCCUCGGCGCUGCAGGAGGGCUGCCAGGACAUCGCCACACAGCUCGUCUCCAACAUGGACAUUAAUGUGAUCUUGGGCGGGGGCCGCAGAUACAUGUUUCCUAAGGGGACCCCAGACCCUGAGUAUCCAGGUGAUGUCAACCAGACUGGAGUCAGGCUGGAUGGCCGGGACCUCGUGCAGGAGUGGCUGCAAAAGCACCAGGGGGCGCGAUAUGUGUGGAACCACCAGCAGCUCAUUGAAGCGUCCCAGGACCCAGCCGUGACAUAUCUCAUGGGCCUCUUUGAGCCUGUAGACACAAAAUUUGAGAUCUACCGAAACCAGGUUCUGGACCCCUCCCUGAUGGAGAUGACGGAAGCAGCCAUUCGGGUGCUGAGCAGGAACCCCCGCGGCUUCUACCUCUUUGUGGAGGGGGGCCGCAUCGACCGUGGUCAUCACGAGGGCACAGCUUAUGUGGCUCUGACGGAGGCGGUCAUGUUCGACUCUGCCAUCGACAAGGCCGGCCAGCUCACCAGCGACCAGGACACGCUGACCCUGGUCACCGCCGACCACUCCCACGUCUUCUCCUUUGGCGGCUACACGCUGCGGGGCAGCUCCAUCUUCGGGCUGGCCCCGCUCAAGGCCCAGGACGGCAAGUCUUACACGUCCAUCCUGUAUGGCAAUGGCCCCGGCUACGUGCUGAACUCUGGCGACCGACCCAACGUCACGGAGGAGGAGAGCGGUGCCCGCACCUACAAGCAGCAGGCGGCUGUGCCUCUGUCGUCGGAGACGCACGGAGGCGAGGACGUGGCGGUGUUGGCGCGCGGCCCGCAGGCGCACCUGGUGCACGGGGUGCAGGAGCAGAACUACAUCGCGCACGUCAUGGCCUUCGCUGCCUGCGUGGAGCCCUAUGAGGCCUGCGACCUGAGCAUCCCUGCGGGUUCCAGCUCUGCCGCUGCCCCACUGUCGCUGACGCUGCUGCUUGGGACGCUGCUAUUGCUGCUGGGGGCAGUCGCCCAGCCCUGA